CGACGGCUACACCUUCUCCCUGUUUUGGCUCGACUCGAAGGUGUCGCGAGAGAACGGGAUGAUACAGUGAGCUGAGAGCUCUACGAAGGACAGGGUGCAUGCGCGGCGCGGGGCGGCGCGGCGCGGCACGGCACGGCACGGCACGGCGCCGUGCGGCGCCGGGUGGGGUGGGGUGCGAAGGGUUGGGCAGGGGUGGUUGGUGAGCGGAAACACGAAACGGGCAUGUUUUCAGAUAUUCUUUUUCGUCUUUUGAAAGUGGGUCGAUAUGUCGCAAUAGUCGCAUCAAGGUGUGGGCGGACGGUCGGUCGUUUCGUUGGGCGGAAGGAGGCAGGCGGGGCCUCUUGCGCGUCUGGCUGGCGCCUUCCAUAGGGGGAGAGUGGAAGGGCGAGCGAGCGAGCGGGGGAAGAGGGAGAGCGCGAGGUAGAGCGACUGUGUGCGCAACAGAGAGAGAGAGAGAGAGAGAGAGAGAGAGAGAGAGAGAGAGAGAGAGAGAGUAGUUUUUGGAUGUGUAUAGAGGUAUCUUCAUUUUCAUGUUUGUUUUCUUCCUCGUAAGUUAGAGGACGGGGAAGGCGGAAAAAGAAGGAAAAGGAAUUUAUUCCGCGAGGGAGAAAAGUCGAGAAUUUGCUAACCCCCGUUCAACAGCGACCGACCCGUUCACUCCUCCCCCCCCUCCCCCCGGCUUAACCCCUGACCUAGACAGCGCUGAGCGCGAGAGGGGCGUUUUUGCCUCUCCUGUAGGAUAUUCCCGAUGCGAGUUGGCGAUGGAGGUUCCCUAACGGACUGGAUGGAGCAGAAUGGAGGAGGCCGUGAGUUGCCUCACCAUCAGCACCAGCAGCAGCAAACGCAUCUUGCUUCUGCGGCCGCAGGCUCCUUUACCAGGGUACCCAUCAACAUACAACACUUACGGGGUCCCUCGGUGGUGCCGCCUGGGGCAUCCAUGUCCGGGGUGAUACAAGCGCCUUCAGCAAUUCGGCCGAGUUUGCCAUCUAAUUCUCAGGGCGUGCCGGGCGGGGGCGGGGGAGGAGUCUCUGGGGGAGUGGGAGGACCAGGAGGAGGAGGCGGCGGCGGCGGGGGUGGGGGAGGCGGUCCAGGAGGUCAAGCUGUUGGAGGGGGUGGUGGUGGUGGCGGUGGUGGAAGUGGUCCGGGGCAGCAAGGUGGAGGUGGGGCUUCGGGAGGUUACCAGGGAUCUCUCUCUCAGAACGUUCUUGCUCUUCCUGCGCCCGACGGGUCUGGUGGCGGCAACACUGCUCAGGGCCGUGGCGAUGGAACCCCCGUUGUCAAGAAAAAGCGUGGAAGGCCCCGAAAAUUUCCGUUAGCCGACGGGGAUGGUGGACCGGGGUCUGCACUUGCGCUCUUGCCGGGUACAUCACCUUCGGAGAAGAGAGGCAGAGGACGACCGCCUGGAUCGGGGAAGAAGUACGGCUCCAUAGGCGCGGGCUUCACGCCGCAUGUGAUUAUGGUGGGCACAUAUGAGGAUGUUUGCCAAAAGAUCAUGGCUUUUUCUCAGCAGGGCUCGCGAGCGAUGUGCGUUCUAUCUGCAAAUGGUGCAAUCUCUGCCGUUGCAUUGCGACAGCAAACCGCAGCUGGAGGCACACUUACACUUGAGGCGGACGGGACUUGUUCACGCCGGGUGGUUGAUACGAUAGUCUACGAGGGAAGGUACGAACUCCUUUCACUAUCGGGGUCUUUCAUGCCUGGUGAGGCUGCUGGCGGGCGGAGCCGGACAGGAGGAUUGAGUGUGUCAUUGGCAGCACCUGAUGGACGAGUGUUUGGAGGGAGUGUGGCUGGAAUUCUAAUGGCAGCAAGUCCUAUUCAGGUGGUGGUUGGAACAUUCCACAAUGAGUCGGGGAAGUCUGCACAAACUCCUUCGGUGUCAGGGGGAAAUGAGGUUGGCUUGAGCCUCGUACCACAAGGGACUCUAAUGCACCAGGUGAACACAGGUGCGGGGAUGAGUCCAGGCCAGCAACAGGUGCAGACACCACCUGGGCAGCAGCAAGGGGGAAUGCUUUCACGAGUUCCAAAGCAUGAAGGCGGCGGUUCAAAGCCAAGCACGCCACCAUUAUCAGGGCCUCAGUCUUCAGCAGGGCAAGGUUCUCAUCAGCCAGGGGCUCACCAUCAGGGGCAAGGUGGGCAAGGAGGGGCCAUGCACCAAGUUGGCCCUGGAGUUGGGGGCUCCUCUGGUGGAUAUCAGAAUCAGGGGCCCCCAGGUGGAUAUCAGAUUGGAGUUGGAGGGUCAGGGGGCCAUCAAAUGGGAGGGCAUAAUUCGGGAGGCGGUGGUGGUCACAUGGGGGUGAUGUCGAGCAUGGCCUGGGGAAAUACACCCGGAAUGUCAGAUAGCAGGAGGAGCACAGAUAUCAAUAUAUCACUCCCUGGUGGUUAGUUUUUUAUGCUCCAUCCCGUCAAAAGAGUGUGGAGAAAGUGAAAAAUGGUGGCCCCAAAUGGUUACUGCAGGGAUGGAUGGAAGCUCGCAAUGGUAGAAUCUCGGGUUCGUGCUGGGUGUGGGCUUGGCCAGGUAAGGCAAAGCUGGGUUUGGUCAAGUGGAGAGAGUUCGAAACAUAGAUUAGGUGGUGUGGGCAGUGUGUGAAAUGGUAGAGCUCUGUAUGUGGACGUCUGUUCCCCUUUUGUUUUACUUGGUAGGGACAUCUGUACAUGUUCCAAUUUCUUUCUCUCCGACUCCCCACCAGGUUACCUACCCGCAGGCAAAAAUGAACUCUCUGUUGCUCCUCACCCAUCUUCUUUUUUUCUUUUUCGUUCUGGAUGAAUCUCACUUGUUUCUUUUGACCCGUUGGUCUGUUCCUAUCAUCCUGGAUAUCUUUUUAGUUGAUGGUGCUCAUUCCUCCUCCUGGUAUGAGGCAUACGACUUUGUCCCAAUGUCAACACCCAUUAUGUGCUGGAACUUUUCACUUCUCAUCCACCAGCUAGAACUUUUCGCUGCUCGUUCACCAGCUUAAUUGCAAAGAUGCCCCCCUUUAUUUUAGCUAAUGCCCCUUUUGCCGUAGCGGAACAGUUCCGGUUGUUGUCCUAUCUUGGCAAGCCCUUCUGCGCAUGUUCGGGUGACUGCUUCUCUCUGAUACGCACUAUAUGGUAUUUUCUCUGAGUAACUUCAUCAUGUUCCCAUUUGACAAAACGCUACGCUCCCACCAGAAGGAAGCAACUGGUCUGUGUUUUCCACCAUGUUUGUGCUCUGCUUAGCAGUUUUUGUGUCGUUACCUCUACGGAAUUUCUUAUUUCCUGUUGACGCUUGGAGAUAGGGGGAGUGCCUUUCAUAUUCGGGGAACUUUUAUGUAGUCUUUAUGUGAGCUUUUCCUGGUUAGCUUCCCUCUGCGCCUCAUCAGAUGUUGACUGCCAUUUCCGUACGUACACAGACGUUACGUUCUCUGUUUAGCUCACCUGAUUGUUGACAUCAUCCCCAGGCCACAGAUGUGAUGCUUUCUGUCUGCUCAAUGUAGCCUCGUCGUACCUUGCAUUCUGGUUAUGUUGACAACGAGGGGGUUCUCAGCCCCCUCUUCAUGGUGGGAUUUAACUAGUUGCUGUUCUAUGAUUUGUAUGCUGAUGUUGCUGUACUAUGCCACUCGUCCGAGAGUAAGUAUUACACUGUAGGGGUCGUCUACUUUCCUGUGAAAUAUAUGGUGAGGAUGACAUGUGUGAUCCCCUUGCCUCCAUGUUGACACCACCUCUGCUGCCUCGCUGUUCUAUCUUUUCUGCUCUUAGCUGCGGACUCGGAAGUAACCUGGUCUGUUGCCCCAUGCCUCCGCUCAUCCGCUGUAACUGCAUCUUUCCUUGCACUGUGGUUGUAACUGGUGAUCCACUGGGGAAGAGAGGAGCAUAUCCUGCAAAUCGGGUAGCGCGCGACUCGGGUAUUACAUGCCACAUACAGAUUUGAAUACAUCCACACUCAGAUGCUGUGAAGGUGGUCGGUUUUCAAAAUACUUUAUUCGUCUGCUUGUUGUUUAGUCUUCUUCUACUGUGUCGGUCUCCAUCAGUCUUCUAAUGUGUCGGUCUCCGUCUGUUUAAGGCCAGCACAGUCACUGUCGGUCAAUGUUAGACCCACAGCUUGUUGUUUCUUAAGCUUGAAAGGGAAGCAAAUUCUCUUCUUCAUCCCGACUUACGUGGACUGACUGUGGUUGACUCCUGUGUCAACUGGCUGAGCAAAUUCUCUCUUAUCCAAACAACCAGACAGCAGCUUCAUCCCGACUUACUUGGACUAACUGUGGUUGACUCCUGUGUCAACUGGCGGAGCAAAUUGUUAUCUAACACGGACGGUAUUCAUUGCUGCCGAGUUUAUGGUUCGAGGCUCUGAUUUCCAUCUUCGGCUUUAUAGCCCUGUGGUAUGAUUUGGUAAGAUUCGGUGGUUCCACAUUCCCCUACUUACUUGCCCUUGGGCUGGUGCACGUGGUUGGGUAUCUGGCUUGUGCGCUUGGCUUUUCGUACUAGUUGUAGGAACUGCCGUUGUGAAAGGAGAGUGAAGGAACGGAAAAGGGUAUGGGGUCCUGUUUGCCGUUAGGAUGAUGUGUGCCUGUUUGUUGCUUAUAAUGUGUCAGCGAAAGCGGUUUGCUAAUCUCCAGUUACGAAGAGGGGAAGUUGUUUCUUCCGCAUGAUUGAUUACGUGUACAGUGGCCUUUCAGAAAUGUGGCCGUGCGAGCCUCUUCCCGGUCUGUCUGUGAAAAGCUGAGCUGUGCUGUAGUCGGGGUUGUUUUUUGCUCUGCCGUGAAUUUGAUGAGAAAGAUGGCAAGUGAACUACACGAUGCACCUGACUACUUUUUCGUUUGCUAACUGACUGAACGAACCGUCGUCCGGAUUCUUCUCUGUUCUACUUUUCGUUUGCUCACUGAACCGUCAUCAGGAUUCUUCUCUGUUCCAAUUUUCGUUUGCUGACUGAACCGUCAAGUGCUGUCAUGUGAACAGUUGAUAGAGUGGAAUAUUUCAAGUCCCUCGUAUGGAGAUAACCUGGCUCGAGUGUCGCACACACACGAGCUAUUCUCUCUUUUCGUGCGCGGAGAUGUCUCGUCGGCUUUGUUGAUUGUACACGGCACGGCGUAAUUCUUCGACCAUGCUUUAGAGCAUGGGCUGUUUGGAUGUUGAUGGGUGGCCACGGGUUCUCUCUCUUUGGGGGGAAUGUAUGUUUUGUGGGCCGGCGUGGAGAAGGCUUUCCCAGUUUUUUUGGACCCUUGGUAGGGUUGGUCGUUGCGUUCUUGCUGGACGAGUCUUCUGUCUUAGGCAAGUUGUCUCAUGUCUUCUCACCUCUCUUUGGCAGUGAUGCGAAUGUGUAGUUUGAGAUGAAUGUUGGGAAUGCCAAUUCUGUUAUGUUUUUUUGGUUUUUGGGAAAUGGGGUGGCGGAUGCGGAAAGCUCUCCAAGUGUUUCCGGACCUGUCAGGGUGUCGGGUCGGUGCCUUCUUGCUGGAGUACUUCUGUCUUAGGUAAGUUGCCUUCUGCCCUCCCUGCCCUCAUGAAUUUUGAAAUUUAUGCCGAGGGCUUAGGUAAAUUGCCCUUUGUCUUAGGUAAAUUGCCUUAUGCGGCUUAUGCCAUCCACCCUUUUUAAGGAUUAUGAAAUAAGUUGAUGUAUAUAUCGUCAAACAGAACUGCUAUGUAUAUAUUGUCGGCAGAGACGAAGAAGAGUAUAUAUGUAUAUGUGCAAGUGUGCUGCUUCAGGGGUGGGCCUGAACCAGUAAAACGUGGCCAACCUU